CAUCAAACCCUCGUUGCUGUUCUUAUUUCAUUGCAAUGUAUUAUUCAUAUUGUUUGAACUAAGUAAAAUGUAACUGUUGAGUUGUUGGGCUGUUUUUCGCAAAGUAUCCACUAAAUUUAUUACUGUAAAAAUGUUUCACGUACCAGCCAAACCAUUACACACAUCCAAUAUUGCGAUGCAUUGACUCCAAUCGGCGUCUUCGAGGGUAGAUGACGAGCUCAUGCAGAAGAGUCACCGUGCGCUGAAUAACACCAGCGACCCGCUCGAUAGGCUGCGUUUGAUGUGCCUCUCCCGGGGCUCCGGUGGGAUUAUGGGACUAGCAAGGGUAUUCAGGAGAAUGGACGAUGAUGGGAGUAAACAGCUCAACAAGGAGGAGUUCGUCAACGGUAUCAAAGAGUCCGGCUUGGACUUAAACCCAGACGACACUGAAGAACUAUUCCGCAAGUUUGAUGUAGACAACAGCGGCUCCAUCAGCCUUGAUGAAUUUAUUGCUCGUCUUCGUCCUCCCAUGUCGGAAUCUCGUCGCGCCAUAGUCGAGCAAACGUUCAAAAAACUGGACAAAACCGGAGACGGUGUUCUAACCAUUGACGAUAUUCGCAAAAUCUACUCCGUCAACUCCAACCCAAGGUACAAGAGUGGCGAAGAGACUGCAGAUGUUAUUAUGAAUAAGUUCCUUGCCAACUUCGAGGGUGAAGGUUCCGUUGAUGGAACUGUAACACUUGAGGAGUUCAUGAACUACUACAGUGCCAUCAGUGUCUCUAUCGAUAACGACUGUUACUUCGACUUGAUGAUGCGCCAGGCAUACAAGUUGUAAAUUAAUUUUAAAAUUAAAUUCUUAUUACUAUG